AUGGGUCACGCAAAGGAAGCCGAUCAACUUUCACUACCAGGAGAUGCUGCUCCCCCGCCAGCAUAUUCAGAGGCAGUGGCUUCUACUCCACAAGAAUCUCUAGAACAACCACAGCAGUCGGACCUAACCUCUAUCAGACCUACAACACAAGUCCCACAACAGUUCCCGGCGUCCUUCAACGCCUAUUAUCAGUGGAAGUUCACCAAGACGUUCCACCUGGGCGAGUCAAAAGAUCACCCACUCUACGCCGUCAGAACCCAUUCGGGCUGGUCCGGAAACCCGGGGAUCGUUUUGCAUAACGGGCCGAGCGACCAGGACCCGCCGCUGGCAGCCGCCGGGCAGGAAAACCAGUGGAGCAGGCAUAGCUUUAUUAUCCUGCCGCCGCUGCCGGGGUCCAGCGCCGAAUCUUCCACCGAGUUUAUGCGCACCAACGUCGGCUGGAAGAACACGUCGCAAGAAUUUAGCAUCGAGGUCGGUAUUGGCGACAACUUGAAGCGGGAGAAGUUUGAGUGGCGCCAGAGUCACGGCAGUGAAAUCAAGCAGCUGGGCAAGUGCACUCGCGGAUGGAAGCUGGUGAGGGUGAGCGCAGAAGCCGCCGGCCCCGGAGGCGAGAGAAAUGAGAGGGCACCGGGUGCGUCGAGUGAUGGCAAGGAGAUUGUGGCCGUCUGGGCCUUUUACGCGGGCUGGAGCAUGACCAAGUCGUUCAAGUUUCAAUUCCUAGGAAGCGGCCUGACUGGUGAAUUGGGGGAACGAUGGUCGGUUAUGGCUGUCAUUACGGCCUUGAGGAUGUGGUAUAUGCACUUCCAGGGAUCUACCGCUACAACUACUCUCACCACAACAACAUGCUAA